UUUAGCUUUGCUCACGAUUCCGUUCAAAAUAGUCGCGUAUUGUUAUAUGUUGUUGUGUCGGGGCUAAUUUGGGGUUCUUCGUGCUUUGUUUGCUUGUGUUUAUGCGCUAGUGAGAGCAGGUUUGUGCGUGUAAUGAAGCUGUCAGCACCGCGUCUGUCACUCAUCGUGCUGUCAGCCUCAGCACAGAUCGGGUUUGUCUGGACUGUAGAGCUCGGACUGUGGUCCAUACCGCAUCUACACUAACACGGGAUCUUUAUUGAUGUCUGAUUAGUGUCACAAGAUGUUAGCUGAGCAGUUGCAGUAGUGAUGUCCCGUGCUCCUCCAGACCCGCUGUUCAUUCUGAGGGGUUCAGGGUCCGCAGUGAACAGCCUGAGCUUCUGCUGUGGUGGCGAUGGACCACCAUUUCUCUACUCUGGGUCAGGUAAAGGUGCGAUCCAUCUGUGGAACCUGACCACCAGGAGAGCAGAGCGUGUUCUGGAGAGCCACGCUGGGAGCUCUGUUAUCUGGCUCCAGUCUUUCAAAGACAGCAGAAGCAGAUUGAUCAGUCAGGGUCGGGACAUGCGGCUGUGCGUGUGGGAUCUGUCUGAAGACCGCAGCGCAGUGACAGACUCUCUCCUGACCGCCAGUGUGGGGUUCUGUCAGUGCUCUCUGCUGGAGACCCGACCCGGAGCCGCUCUGCUGGCCCACCCCACAGAACACAUGGAGGAGGUGAGAGUGGUGGAGAUGAGGAGCUGGACUCCUGUUUGCACUCUGAAACCAGAUUUAAAGCUGGGGAUGCUCAUGUGUAUGAAGAUGUGGCAGGCGGAUUCUGGUCCGGUUCUGUGUGCCGGUUAUGAGGACGGCUCUCUGGUGUUAUGGGAUGUUUCCCAUCGGCGUCCAUACAGCUGUCUGAAGGCACAUCCUGAGCCAGUCAUGUGUCUAGACGUUGAUGUAUGCAAGCAGAAAGGCAUCUCGGGUUCUUCAGAGAAGAUCCUCCAAUCCUGGACACUUGACAAGCAGCAAAACCUUCAGAUGCACGACUCUGUUCAGAUGACCAAUCCUGGGGUCUCCCAGCUGUGUAUUCGUGCCGAUGGAAAGAUCCUCGCUACUGCGGGAUGGGACAACAACAUCAGGGUGUUCGGCUGGAAGAAACUGAAGCCGCUGGCUGUUCUGCAACAUCAUACUGACAUGGUGAAUAGUGUGGCCUUCUCAGACCAUCAGGACCCCCCACAGAGACUUUUGGCCGCGGGGUCCAAGGACCAGCGGAUCAGUGUGUGGUCUAUAUAUAGCGAAAGUUGAGUUUGAAAGACAGAGGCCCACUUUACCAUUUCCUUCAAACUGAUUGUUGCAAAUUACUUUACUUGCAUACUAGAACGUGGUGUUAAUAUAUUUUCUUUGAAUGAAAGCACCUAAGUUAGUGGCUGACUGCCAUUUUGAGGCGGAGCUACAACAUAGUCUCAUUUAACAGUUUAUUAAUUUAUUUUAUUUAUUUUUUUUGCAUGAUAUCUCGUAUUUGCAUACAAGGUUCUUAAAGUGUCCCUAUUAUGGAUUUUUGGAAAUGACCUUUCAUGCAGUGUGUAACAGCUCUAAGUGAAUGAAAACACCCUGCCAUGUUUUAAAUCUGAAAGUGCACCGUGUGUAAAGUUAUUGUCUUUCAAAAAAAAGAGGAGACUCUGAAUCAUUGAAACGAGUUGUUUUUAAAAUGAAUCCCAAGCUGUUUCAUGUUGACGUCAACAUGAAACAUUAGCAUAUUGCCCUUCCACAUAUUGCCACCCCCCACCUUCAGUCCAUUUUUGAGUUGGUCUGAAUGAAAAUGCAAAUUCAUUCUUUGCCACUAGGUGCCGCUUUUGGAGCAGUAACAAUAGCUGUUUCCCUGGUAACGGCUGUACAUAAAGCAGCACUGCACUCACAAACACUGCUUUAUGAAAUUGAAAUGAAAUGACCAAUCAGACCAAUCACUGCAGAUUAGCGUCAUGCAAAGGAGGGGUUUGGAAAAAUGAAUUGUUUGGGAGUUGUUGAGCAAGUAAGGUAAAAAUAAAUGCAUAUUAUGAGAUAAUGAAAGUGUUUUUUGACCUUGCCUGCAUGUCAACCUGUUGUUACGGGGACUCUCAAAACCAAAAUAUGAACCUUUCAUAACCCAUAAUAGGGGCAUUUUAACCAAGAAUCAGUUCUUAUUUUGAACAGGUUCCUUUUUAUUUUAUUUUAUUUUUUUAAAUGUCGAAAUGAAUAAUUUUAAUCACUUUUGGUUCUGUUAACGAUUUUCGAUUGAAUGACUUACGAACUGUUUUUUUUUGGUCAGUCAAACAAAACCGCAUGACCAGUGUAGUUUGCGGUUUAUAUAUAGCCAGAGUUGAGUUUGAAAGGCAAAGGCCCACUUUACCGUUUUCUUCAAACUGAUUGUUGCAAAUUACUCUGACUUUGUGUGAUGCUAAUAUAUUUUCUUUCAAUGAAAGCGCUUAAAUUAGUGGCUGACUGCCAUUCUGAGGCGGAGCUAAAAUACAACAUAGUCUCAUUUAACAUUUUUGUUUUUUGUAUAAUGACUUGAGAUCUUGUAUUUGCAUACAUGUUUCUUAAGUAAGGAUGGGAAUCGAGAAUCAAUUCUUAUUUCAAACAGGUUUUUUUUUUUUUUGUCAAAAUGGAUAAUUUUUCACUAUUGGUUCUGUUAACGACUUGGUUCUUUUUGGUCAUAAAACAGCAUGGCCAGUGUAGUUUGUGGUUUAUAUAUAGCGAAACUUUACCAUUUCCUUCAAACUGAUUGUUGCAAAUUACUGACUUUAUUUACAUACUUGAGCUUGGUGCUAAUAUAUUUUCUUUGAAUGAAAGCACCUAAAUUAGUGGCUGGCUGCCAUUCGGAGGUGGAGCUAAAACUCAGUUGAAUUUAGAAAGACGUUGCCAUUACUUACGUGUCCAAAUGAACGAGUUCUUAUUGGUGAAAUGCUUCAAAAUCAAACACAAAAGCAGCCAGUAUAAACACACUCCAUCACCGUGUUUGGUUGCAGUUUGCCACAAUGGCUGAUAGUUAUUGAAACGUGUUUUAUUGUCAAAGGCAGAGCUUAAACCGUCCGCUCCGAUCUGUUUGCUUUAGCCCAGGCUGAUGUGCUUCAGUAGGUGUGUAUUUGCUCUUGAAGUCGCACCUGAGCGGCAAAGUAAUUCAGCGCUGUUUUUCCAAAUCUGCCUCCGAGUUUAAGAUUGCCCUCUGGACUGACCUGCAUACAUCACGCAGGGUUAAUCACAAGGGCUCGGCUCCGCAGACAGGCCUGUUUGUUAGAAAGAUUCAUUGAGCAGGAUUCGUUUCGUUCUUCCCUUGAAGCACAUGAGCUGAUGAAGGCGGCUCUAUUUUCAGCCUAAAGACAAGGCUGACCUCUGUGCUGGGAUGUGGCUAAAAGACAAACUAGUUAUUUUUGCAUUUAUUGCUCUGCGAAUACAACACAGCUCACUCACCAGAGUACUUUUCCUUUUUGUACUGUUAUCUAAUAUUGUUUACACUAUAUUUCUAAAUAAGAUUCUUAAGUAGGAAUGGGAACCAAGAACCAAUUCAUGAUUUUACAGAUGUUUUGUUUCACUUUUGGUUUUAUGAUUUCAGAAUGAAUGACUUUUAUGAACUGAUUCUAUUGGUGAAUCAUACAAUACACAAUGGAUCAGUUUAGUUUAAUUGUGUGAUGUCUGACCUUUUAUGAACCAAUUCAAAAUCCUCCAACGUGUUCUCUCUGCCAAAACUCUUUCUCUGAAGCAUGUUUUAUUAGAUUGUGCUGCUUUUAACCCUGUGAGAGAACUUUUUUUAUUUAGUUAACUCUUUUGAAGAGAUUUUUAACAGAGUUAAUGUAGCAAAAAUGCAUUUUAAAAACCUAAUAUCAUUUGUUUACUGUUUACUAUUGUCCUUUUGCAUUAUCGACGCACACUUUUCCUAUUUGAUGCUGUAAAGCUGCUUUGACGCAAUCUGUAUUGUUAAAAUCACUAUAUAAAUAAGGGUGACUUGACUUAUAAAUUUUUCUCGCCAUGAAAAUAGCCACAGAAGAUGGCAUGGCGUUAAACAAACAAACAAAUAAUGAACUGAUUCUUUUGGUGAAUCAUACAAUACCCUAGUUUUAUUCCCUAAUGAGUGACUCUUUAAUGUUUUGCUAUUGAAAAUCAAGGUAAGUCAUGUUGAAAUCUAAAAUAAUUGAAUCAUUUAGAAACUUUGGCCACUUUCUUCCAAAUGUUCCUUCCUCAGAAGUAUUAAAAUAAUCAUUAGUGGAACCGUUAAGCAACUGGAAUCGUGAAUCAGUACCAGAAUCAUUACGAUUCGAUUCGAUUUCAGUCACAAUUCUUAAACUUCAAUAAAGAUUCAAACCAAACCUGUUGUUUUUCAAAUUCAGGCAACAAACAUAAUGUUUUAUUUUUGAAUAAUUCAACCUGAUUAUCGAAAACAGACAUGGAUAUUAGUUGACUAACAUGCAAAGAGUUUGAAAGUGGAUAUUUUUGUCAGCGUAUGCGGUAAUAAUAGCCAUCCUUGGUACUAAGCUAAAUGGGAUUUCAUGCAACUUCAAACGGCCCACAGCCGUUCUGCCCCAUAAAGCACGUGUCUCUGGGGACAAACCCAGACUGGAAUAUCUCAUCAGACGGUACAGGAAGCUCGGGGAACUUGGAGGCCAUCCUUUUAAAGGAAAAACAACAGCGGGCGAGUCGCCGGCCGGAGAGGAAGACAAAACAGUUCAUUUCACAGUCCGCCUGGUCAUUAGCCUUCUCCUUGUCAUCUGUGGACCCUCAUGUACCUUUGUCCAUGACCUCUGUAGAGCUCAUCCGAUUGGUAAUCACUUCCUACUUUUAUAGACUCAGUGGGAGGGCACAACAAAGCCAUGCCAGGGGUCCGUUCAGUGAAUAUGCACACGUAUUGCUGGAGAUUUCAGCUUAUACCUCCCAAGUCAAUAAUAGAUCACUUAAGCAGUCAGUAUAAGCAGAACCUCGACACGGGCCACUGACAAAAACCUGCGGCUCCCUGAACAACAGACACACGCCUGUCUAUUGCACCAGGGUCAGAGGUCACCUGACCAGCUUAAACAAACCCCUAGUCACCCACAAUAGACUCUACAUGGCAUGUGUUGCUGGAUUCUCUGGGUAAGACUGGAUGAAUAGAUGUUAGUUUUUGGAAACAAACAAUAAUCCCAGGUAAUCACAGUCUGAGGAAAUGGCCCUUUGAAUGAGAGAAACCCAACACUGGCUGUGUUAUAGUAAAUUAUUUAUAUGUUGGCAAGCUCAGUCGGAAUGAAGCGGGUUCUGUUGUCUGAGAUAAGCACGCCGGUGAUUUGUUUUCAUACGCGGCGCUGACAAAUGGAACACAAAUUCGCUGAAAAACGCGGGAAAAUGUGAAACACGUGCGUGGCUGUAGGUAAACAUCUUUGCAGAGUUGGUCCACCUUAAGUUUUUUUUUUUUUUUUCUUCUUUUCUUUUCAAGAGCUGUCUUUGGACGUGCCAAGCGAGAGAAAUGUACACAAAAGAUAGGCUUGUCACAACAGAUGUUCCAGAUGCGACCCUGUGUCACAUGAUUACCAGUUCAUUUUUCCUUAACCAUACAGUGUGUUGU